CCGCUACACACUUCCCACACUUUCUUCCCAAGUCAAAGCUCCUCUCCCACCUCGACGUCGCUUUCAAGAACAACAUCACCUCUCAUCACAUCAUGUCACAUCCCAAGCCUAAAAUCGCGACACCCGCCGCACCAAAUGGACAGUACCAACACUUUGUCCCCCAGUUCCUUCUCAAGAACUUUGCCCAUAGGGUCCCCAAAGUGUUCAAAAGACCCAAAGGAACGCCAAAGCCCAAGUAUGAGAAGGGCAUGUAUCCGGGAGAUCUGGUACUCAACAGCCUCGACCUAACCCAGGACCCUGCCGUUAUCACCGAGAAACCCGUUUCCAGGAUUUUCGGGCAGAUCAACAUGUACGACGACUUCACGAAGCCCACCGGGGAGCAAAGACGUGUCGAGAAGUUGCUCUCCAAACUGGAGGCCCAGGCAGCACUUAUCUUCACUAAGAUCAAAAAGGCAUAUGCAGUGAAAGAGGGCGGAGUGGUUAUCACCCGAGACGAGCGCAACUUGAUUCGCAAGUUUCUCUGCCUCAUGAAGUACCGCAGUCGUGGGUUCUACACCCGCUUCUGCCCCGACAGACCAGACGCAUAUUCUGAGAACGACCAGGAGGCCUUUCGAAAGUACAUGAACGAAUAUCCGCAAUUCAAAACCCCUAUGCAGGUAUGGUUACAUAAUAUCGAAACAAUCAUCAACCUUGACAUGGGCUCGGAGUCGAAAUGGGUAGAUGAGCUUUUCGAGAAGAUGUCUCGUGGUGAUGCCAUCUGGUUCGCUGGUCAUUUUCAAGAUUUCUACAUGGCUUUGUGCGUACCAUCUGAAGCGAAGAACGAGUUCAUCCUUACCGACAACAGCUACUCGAUAUAUGAAGGGCCGAGCGAAUAUGGCCCAAACGGCAAAUCAAACAAGGAAGAAUGCCUUGCCUCCUUGGAACUCCAUACUUUUGCGCCGGUCUCUCCAAAGAUUUUGAUUGUUCUUCGCUCUGCGCUGCUGCCUGAGCCACACGAAGACCGAAAUCCUGAAAUCAAAGAGAACAGGGAAUUCAGACGGUCUAUAUUUAUGGGUCGUUUUGGUUCUUCCAAUGGUAUGUUGGCUGAUCUACCUGUACACAAGGCGGGAAAUAGUUACAGCACAAUCGUGGAUGGCCGUGUGGUCUUUCGAGAGGGCUAUGACGGACGGACAACUAAACACGACAAGUUCCGCUUUCCCUUCUUCCCGAUCGGGAGUCAACAUGUGAACACCAUUAACUCGAUCUUUCUCAUCAAUUGUGUACACUGCACCAGUAUUGUUUUUGACUCCAAGCAAGCAUUUGCAAGGACACUGGAGUGGUAUUUGACUACCCCUCCUCUUCCGCUUGACAAGAUAUUGGUAGGGGACGAUGAGGAAGGUCGCAUCAAGACACUCAACAAGCUGGAAAUUGUGUCACAUUCUCUGGGCUCGAAGAGGGCUCCGUUCUGGAUGAUGCCUACGUUGAUCCAGGAUCAUGAAAGGAUUCAGCUUCGGCACCAGGGACGACGUUUCUUCGAUACAUUCAUGGAACUACUUGCACUGACAUGGGGCACAUCGGAAGUUGACGCCGCCUUCGAUGACUACCAACUAUUAGGUGGGUCAUGUGAUACCGUAGAGAAGGACAUCGAUCAAGUCGUAAGGAUGAAGACCCUGAGAAUCAAGAUUGACUCGUGGUCCCUCGGGAUAGACGAAGAAAUUCGCCAACGCAAUCGGGAGUUACUUGUCAACGCAUACCUUCGUUUGCCCAGCCACAGACUGUGGCUUUUCAUACAAUCAUGGAGGGAUAUGGUCGUGGAACACGAAGGCAUCGACUUGCUCAGUCUGCAGAUGGGAUGGCCUGGGAAGCCUGAAAGAGCCAUUAUUCACGCCAAGGAUCUGAUCAAACCCGACAGGCUGAACAGCCUAAUGUACAUAGCCUUCACGAUCGACAUCAUGUGUCGACAACAGGCGCCCCUGAAAGUUUGGACCGAUUUCACGCCGUUUAUCGAUGGCGCCGGAUCUAUCGGGACAUGUGGUACGUAGAUUCUACCCAAGUACCUGAAGCCCAGUCCCCAUCACCCAGAUGCCCAUUGCCGCCGAUGCAAACAUCCAAUGCACGCUCCUUGUUACAAUACCCUGACCCAUCAUCUAUCCCAAUCCAAGAAUACGCAGCACAUACGUCAAACAAAACCGUACCAUGGACGCCCCUUACCGCAUAACGCCAGAAAACCCAAACCAUCCAUUACACCUCCCACAAACAAAAGCUAAUGAACCCCACUUCCUUAAAAAAACACAGGAAUCCAGCAGAUUGAAGACCCAGCCAGGUCGAAAGACCUUCUGGCCAUGGCCAUGGCUGCAGACAGUACUUUCACAACCAAGGAUCCCACCUGGACCUCUCAACUCAAGCGCUUCGAUCGCUUCGACCGUCUCGAGCUCAUCAUCCGCUCAACCUGCCGUAAAGGGUUCGCCAUCAUCAUGGAAUCCGAGCGGAUCAAGCAUAAGCUCAGCCGACAAGUGAUUGAAGACCUAGAGAAGGUGCUCUUCACGCUUGUCUAUCCUACUCCCCCUCCCCCCUUCCCUUAGAUUCACCCCCCUCCCCCUAUCCCUUAGAGUAAGCAACUGUAGGAGAGUGGACUACAACUAAGGUAGUCAGGCCGCCAAGCUCCUGAUGAUACUCAGCAGGACAUUCUCCUCCGCACCUUCCAUCUCACCUCUCCAAAACCCCUCAG